GUUCUAUAUUAAGUUAAAAGACAAAACAUACCUUUUUCCCAAGAGUACACAGUUUGUCCUAAAAUUGGUUAAAGCGAGGUGAAGAGUUUGAGCCGGGGUUUCAAGGACUACGCAGUUAUGGCAUUUCAUGAUAAUGAGGUUCCAAGGAUUUUUAAAGUGGCGUUGAAGGACACUUGUUUAAGUGGUGUGAUGACCCUUCCUAAGAAGUUUUCUGAGUAUACUGGUAGAAUUCCAGCAAGUGUACAGAUUAUUUUAAAAGAUGGCUUUGAAUGGGAUGUUAAAUUCUGAAAAGAAAGGAACUCACUGCAUGGGUUAAAGGCACUUCUAGAGUACUAUGGUUGUAGCACAGGAGCAUUUCUCUUAAUGGAGUAUAAUGGAGGAGGAAGGUUUAUGUGUGAUAUAUUUCCUGCAUAUGAAGGCUGUGAAAGAUGGACAGAUGAGUGUGAUUUGCUAGGAAAGUACAUAAUGAAGAUUGUUGUUUAUCAAGGUGAUGAUUUUGAUGAGUUGUUUCUCUCUGACCGAGUUUUGGAAAAAUUUGAAAAAGCUCUUCCAAAUAUUGUGAGGCUGAGAAUAAAGAAUGGGAAGGAAUAUGUGGCAAAGUAUAGAAGGAAUGAAAAUAAGCUUACAGGCUUUAAACAACUUCAAGAUGAAAUUGAAAUUAAAUUUGGAGAUGUUGUUAUUUUAUCAUGCUGUGGUGAUGCAAUGUACACAGUGUCUGUGUUCGGGCCUGAUGGCAUGGAGAAGAUUCCAAGAAGCGCUGACAUUGUGAAAGGAGAUGUAGUCUACAAAUUUGAAAUUUGUGUGAAACCAUCGCAUCUACAACAGUACUCUCAAGGAGUGAUGGUACCAAUGAAGUUCAAAGAUAUUACAGAUGGGUGGAAACCGUUCGAAUUAAUUGAAGUUACAGAUGGAAUUAGACGUUGGAAUAUACAAAUUAAGAAGAGGAACAGUACAACUGAAUUACACAGAGGCUGGGAAAUAAUGUGGAAAGAUUUGGAAUUGAAGGCUGGAGAUACAUGUGUUUUUGAGAGCUAUGGAUCAAAAUCAAAAUUUCAUGUGAAAGUUCUUUAUUGGGUAAGUUAAGCUUGGAUUUGACAGUUGUGGUUUUAUUGAUGGUUUCUUAAGCUUGUUUCAUCAUCAAUGGCACAAACUUUAGUGCUCAUCUGUUUUGUUUGAUGGAUUUGUUUUUAUUUGCUCUUUUGGAUAUU